GGGAACCGAUAACUAUUGAAAGACACGGACCGAAGUUUCUUGUUGAGCCUCUUAAUCUCAUAGAAUUUUCAAAUGACACUGGAGGGUCAGCACAUUGUGCUACUAACGGCUAUCCGUCCCCUCGGAUACAAUGGAUAACAGAGAACGGGGAAGACGUAACUCACGUCCCUGGUCUUCGACAUGUACUGCCUAAUGGUACUUUGUAUUUCCCGCCAUUUCCACCAGAAUCGUAUAGGCAGGAUAUUCACGGUAUCCUGUAUCGGUGUACAGCAAGAAACCUUAUUGGAACGAUUCUUAGCACAAUGGUUUCAAUGAGAGCCGUUGUUAACCACUUCUAUGAAGCUCAAGUUUACGAUGAGUUUGUGAUACGUGGAAACACUGGAGUGUUGAGAUGUCAUCUACCUAGAGUCUUAAAGGAUUAUGUCACAGUAACUUCAUGGAUUAAGGAUUCUACUACACGCAUCAUCUCAACAGCGAAAAUUGGUGGAAGAUACAGCGUAUUUCCAAAUGGAGUCCUUCAUAUUCGUAAUGUUGGGACUUCUGACGCUUAUAGUAGCUAUCAGUGUGAGACUAGGAACAGGUUAACAGGAGAAUUGAAGAUUAGUAGCUCUGGUGGUAGACUUAUCAUUAAAGAACCCCAUGCCAACGUCACUCCUCGACUCACUGAUAGUGUUCCUAUGGUGACUGUUAAAGAAGGGGAUCCAGUAGAAUUAGCGUGUGCUGUACAAGCUUUUCCCAUUCCCGAAUACAAAUGGUUUAAAGACUACAGAGGAACAUACAAACCCGUAGUAGUUGAAAAUCAUAUUCGCCAAUUAAGUGGAUCCCUGAUAUUUGAUAAAGUGAGCUCUGCAGAUGGCGGGAAGUUUUUGUGUUCUGUGGUCAGUGAUGUUGGUGAAGCCAAAAGUGAAACAACGCUUAUUGUCACAGCACAGUUGGAUGUCAGACUUAUUCCACAAAAUCAAACUGUAGAUAUUGGAACCAAAGCAAUCUUCAACUGUUCAGUCUCAGGUUACCCAGUUACCAACAUUACGUGGAUGAAAGAUGGAAGAAUUCUUCCUUUAUCACAAAAACGAUUUAUACGUUCGUCAAAGUCAGUGCUUGAGAUUCCAGAUGUUGAUAAGGAGGAUCAGGGAAUGUAUCAGUGUUUUGUUCAGAACAUAUUUGAGGCUGUACAGGCAUCUUCAGAACUUAGGCUUGGAG